GGACUUCCUGUGUCGCCCGGGAGGCGGUUUGUUGGUGGGGGGGGUGGGUGUGUCUCUCUCCUGGGUCAGUUCGCCCUGGGUCCUCGGAGUCUGGCGGGGAGGGCCGCAAGGAGGACCCGCGUGCGCCUUUGUGCGACCUGGGCGAGGGUCACGUGAGCCCACUGGCGCACCGCUCUCUAGCGCCCUCGCGUGGCGCCGCACUCUCCGCACUCCGAUGGCGGCGUGGGUGACCGCGCGGCAGGUGUCAGUGACCUUCAAGGAUGUGGCCGUGACCUUUACCCGGGAGGAGUGGGGACAGCUUGACCUGGACCAGAGGACCCUGUACUGGGAGGUGAUGCUGGAGACCUGUGGGCUCCUGGUUUCACUGGGGCAUCCAGUUCCCCAGCCGGAGCUGACCCACCUGCUGGAGCACAGGCAGGAGCCGUGGGCAGUCACGAGAGGCCGCUCACGUCGCACGUGCACAGGUGACAGGGCAAAACGUCAGACCGAAGAGCCAAGCACGUCUCAAUCAGUUUUGUCCGAGGGAGCCUUGCUCCGAGGAAGCCUGACUCUGGGGUCUUCAAGGGACUCUAGCUGGGGGCAAGCCAGGGAUCUGGAAAGGCUUUUGGACAUGCAGAGAGGUCAACUGAGGCCAGAGACAGACGCCCACAAGGAGACCCAUCCUGGGAAGAGGAGCCUUGACGAUGAUGGGUUGGGCCCAGACGACAGUGUGGCACAGGAAAGCAUCUCUCAGAGAGAUGUCCUCCGUGACCGUGACCCCCAGGGACCAGGACAAGGCCCCCUGGUUCAUAACCUCUACAAAUGCAAGCAGUGUGGCAAGGGCUUUAGCAGGAAGUGGUACCUUGUUCGCCAUCAGCGGAUUCACACUGGCAUGAAGCCCUACGAAUGCAACGCGUGUGGGAAAGCCUUCAGCCAGAGCUCAACGCUUGUCCGCCACUACCUCAUCCACACGGGGGAGAAACCGUACAAGUGUGCCGAGUGCGGGAAGGCCUUCAAACGCAGGUCCUACCUCCUGCAGCACCAGCCGAUCCACACCGGGGAGAAGCCCUAUGUGUGCAGCCAGUGUGGAAAGGCCUUCAGCCACCGCUCUACUUUCAUUCGCCACAGUAGGACCCACACUGGAGAAAAACCCUUCGAAUGCAAAGAGUGUGCGAAGUCCUUCAGCCACAGGGCACACCUCAUCCAGCACUACAUCAUCCACACGGGCGAGAAGCCCUAUGACUGCACCGAUUGCGGGAAAGCCUUCAGGUGCGGCUCCGAGCUGCUGCAGCACCAGCGGCUCCACACCGGGGAGAAGCCUUUCGAGUGCGGCCAAUGUGGGAAGGCCUUUCACCGGAGCACGUACCUGCUGCAGCACUCGGUCAUCCACACCGCGGAGACGCCCUUCAGGUGUGCCAAGUGCGGGAAGGCCUUCAAACGCAGGUCCCACCUCCUGCAGCACCAGCGGGUUCACACUUGAGCAGAGGGCCUUCCCCUGCCGCUCCGCCUUCACCAUUGGCGAGGGCAUCCAGGCUGGAGGGAAGAACCCUCUGAGUGCAAAGAAUGCUGGAAAGGGUUUGGGGGCAGCUCUUGAAACGCAGAAGUAGUCCCCUUGGAGAGGCGCCUUGGGGAUGCCAUGAAAAGCAGAGAAUUUAUGCUGCAGAGGAACCAUGUCACCCAUGGGUGCAGCUCCAUCAGCAGCAGCGAUCAUUCCCGGGAAGGACGUUGUGAGGAUCCCCAGAAGGACACCCUCAGCAGAAAGAAGAGAAUCUUCCUUUGUCCCGAGAGUAUGUAGUGAAGAGGCGCCUAUGAGUGCCCUGAGAAAGCCUCCUGUGUCAGGUCACCCCUUGUCACACAGAGUCCAGCUGGACCUUGAAAGAGCCUGGGCUUUCCCUGUGUGAAAGUGCAGACGAGACAGACCCAGGGUCGCUGUGCGCUUUUAUCAACCUUCCGCCACAGGGCUGUCCCUUGGUUUGCACUUGAGCCAUCUGAGCAUUAAUGUUAAAAACAAAAAUAAACGGGAGGUGGAGGCGACGGAGACGAAGGCUAGAGAUGGCAAAGGCAAAUGCUUCUGCGGGCUCUUGCCAACUCGCGGGCCACGCCUCUUGCAGUUUGGUGUUGCGUUUAUGUCCUGGUCAGGCAGUGUUGGAAAGAGGAAGGAACUCCAGCCCGGAAUUUUUUAAUACGUAUUUUCUGCCAUCCUGUGUUAGGAAAGUUGGACGGCGAGGGCAACUCUACCGGUUUUUGUUGGAAACCUUUGUUCCAAACAUCUCUGGCCAUUCAGAGCAUGUGUGUGUCUGUGUGUGUGUGUGUGUCUGUGUGUGUGUCCAUGCUGGGUCAUGAGGAAUUUCCCAGGCCAAGGACUGAACCUGCACCACAGCAGUGAUAAUGCCAGAUCCUUAACUGGCUAAGCCACCAGGAAACUGCAGGAGCAUAAUUCUUUGUGAGAAAUGCAAAGGCUCAGUCAUGAGCUACUUGAACUUGUAAGAAAUUAGAAUACUGAAAAUAACAUCACACUUGUAUUUUUUAAGGAGAAAAUGAUCCAUAGAUUAAUGUCCAUAUUAAAAUGUGACCCCUAAAAGCUGUCGAAACUUGUUUUUUUGUGUUAGUUUUUUUGGCCAUGCCUGCAGCAUGCAGAAGUUCCUGGCCCAGGGAUCACACCUGCGUCAUAGCCAUAACAAUGUCAAGUCCUUACCCACUAGGCUACCAGGGAACUCCUGUAGUUUUAAACAUCCAAUACGCUCUUUCUUUCUUUCUGUCUCUUUCAUCACUCCCUCCUUCCCUCCCUCCCUUCCUUUUUUUUUUUUCUUUUUUUUUUCUCUUUGCCUUUUCUAAGGCUGCUCCCGCGGCAUAUGGAGGUUCCCAGGCUAGGGGUCUAACCGGAGCUGUAGCCACCGGCCUACGCCACACCCACAGCCACAACCACGCGAGAUCCAAGCCAAGUCUGCGAUCCACACCACAGCUCACGGCAACACCAGAUCCUUAACCCACUGAGCAAGGCCAGGGAUCGAACCUGCAACCUCAUGGUUCCUAGUCAGAUUCAUUAACCACUGAGCCAUGACAGGAACUCCUUUUUUUGUCUUUUUAGAGCCACACCUGCAGCAUAUAGAAGUUCCCAGGUUAGGGGCUAAAUCAGAGCUGCAGCUGCUGGCCUACGCCACAGCCACAGCAACUCAGGAUCCUUAACCCACUGACCAAGGCGAGGGAUCAAAGCUGAAUCCUAGUUGGGUUCAUUACCUGUGAGCCAUGAUGGAAACCCCUCUCACUUUUUUUUGUCGUUUGUCUUUUUAGGGCCACACGCAUAGCAUAGGAAGGUUCCCAGUCUAGGGGUCCAAUCAGAGCUGUAGCUGCCAGCCUACACCAGAGCCACAGCAACGCCAUACCCGAACUGCAUCUUCGACCUACACCACAGCUCACAGCAACGUGGGAUCCGUCACCCACUGAGCAAGGCCAGGGAUCAAACCUGCGUCCUCAUGGAUGCUAGUCAGAUUCGUUUCCACUGAGCCACGACGGGAACCCCGCUCUCACUCUUUCUUGAUUCUAUUCUGUGUGUUUUCUUCCUUUUUAAAAAAAUUUUAUUGCCUCACUUUAGGCAUGUGUACGUUCCCAGGCCGGGGACUGAAUCCAAGCCAUAGCUGUGGGCUACCCUGUAGCUACAGCAACGGCAGAUCCUUUAACCCACUGCGCCAGGCCUGGAUUUGAACCUGCGCCUCUGCAGUGACCCAAGCCGCUGCAACUGGUUCUUAACCCACUAUAUCACAGCGGGAACUGUCUUUUCUUUCUUUUCUCCAAGAGCAAGGUAAUCAUCUUGAACGUGUGUGACCUUCCGAGGCGAGUCCUAGUUCUUUCCUCUCUCUGCUGUUUCUCAGGUUUUCUAAGCCUGUGGAGUAGACUGGGCUUUUCCAGUCCCCAUCUAUACAGCUUUCUAGGGGUUGCGUUAGAGCUAAAACCAUUCAAAUAAAACAGACAUCUGAGUUAAAUUCGUGAGAAACUCAUAAAAUACAGAGGAGGAUUCUCCUUGUCUGAUAUUAUAAAUGUUUGUGUGAAGUUUUUUCCUUUUUGCAAAAUAAAGUGGCAGAGAUUGUAACAGGUGAA